AUGAGACGAUCGAGCAUUACUAGCAUCCUUAACCUUGCUUUGGGAACUACCUGGAGAGGCACGCGUCGUUUUGCCUUGGUUGCCAAGCAAACUGCGGCACGCCUGGGCUGCCAGGGACUAGAGGUCUGCCGAAGCGGAAGGACAGACAUGGCUUUGCGCUGCGUCGCUUCGCUGGCGGCUGGUCGUCAGCUGCGGUGUCCCCGGCUCCCGCGGCCGGCGCGGGAGGGGACGGUGCGCUGGAGCAGCGCUGCCAAGGCCUCUGCGGUGAAGAUCAAUGAGAAGGCGAGUAGGGAAAGGAUCCUGACGUUGGAGUCCAUGAACCCGCUAGUGAAGGCGCUGGAAUAUGCAGUGCGGGGCCCCAUCGUCCUUAAAGCAGGCGAGAUCGAGAAGGAGUUGCGGAAGGGAAUCAAAAAGCCUUUUACUGAAGUAAUUAAAGCCAACAUUGGAGAUGCGCAUGCAAUGGGACAAAGGCCAAUCACCUUCCUCCGGCAGGUAGUGGCAUUGUGUACAUACCCAAACCUGUUGGACAGCCCAAGUUUUCCAGAAGAUGCCAAAAAGAGAGCCAGACGAAUCUUGCAGGGCUGUGGAGGAAACAGCUUAGGAUCUUAUACUGCCACCCAAGGUAUAAAUUGCAUCCGUGAAGAUGUUGCUUCAUAUAUUGAAAGAAGAGAUGGAGGGGUUCCUGCAGAUCCAGAUAACAUAUAUCUUACCACUGGGGCAAGUGAUGGUAUUACUUCAAUCUUAAAGAUCUUAGUCUCAGGAGGUGGAAAGUCCAGAACAGGAGUGAUGAUCCCUAUACCACAAUAUCCUUUAUAUUCAGCAGCCAUAUCUGAUCUAGAUGCAAUCCAGGUGAACUACUAUUUGGAUGAAGAAAAUUGCUGGGCUCUAAAUGUGAAUGAACUUCGCCGAUCCUUAUAUGAAGCUAAAUCAUAUUGCAAUCCAAAAGUCCUCUGCGUUAUCAACCCUGGAAAUCCCACAGGACAAGUGCAAAACAGAAAGUGCAUUGAAGAUGUGAUACACUUUGCUUGGGAAGAGAAACUUUUUCUUCUGGCUGAUGAGGUUUACCAGGACAAUGUGUACUCUGAAGGAUGCCAGUUUCAUUCCUAAAAGAUUCUGUAUGAGAUGGGACCCGAGUACUAUAACAAUGUUGAGCUGGCCUCUUUUCACUCCACCUCUAAGGGAUACAUGGGCGAAUGUGGCUACAGAGGAGGCUACAUGGAGGUCUUAAAACUUGCACCCAGAUUAAAGGAACCGCUUGUUAAGCUGCUUUCUGUUCGCCUUUGUCCUCCAGUCUCAGGACAAGCAGCACUGGAUGUUGUAGUGAAUCCUCCAGUACCUGGAGAAGAAUCUUAUGCACAGUUCAUAAAGGAGAAGGAGUCUGUUUUGAACAUUGCCAAGAAAGCCAAAAUAGCAGAAGACAUGAUUAACAAGGUUCCAGGAUUUCAUUGCAAUCCACUUCAAGGAGCUAUGUAUGCUUUCCCAAGGAUCUUUAUCCCCUUCCAAAGCCAUUGAAGAAGCAAAGGGUCAGCUCAUAAAAUGGAACCUGAUAUGUUCUAUUGCAUGAAACUUCUGGAAGAAACCGGACUAUGUGUUGUACCUGGAAGUGGAUUUGGCCAAAAAGAAGGAACCUACCAUUUCAGAAUGACCAUUCUUCCUCCAGCAGAGAAGCUGAAGAUCCUACUGGAGAAAGUGAAAGAUUUCCACAUAAAGUUUCUUGAAAAAUAUGCAUGAAACUACUGUGGCAUUUUCCCCUCAUCCAGGCCUCUUCAAGGCAGAUCCAGAACAUGAACAAAGAUGUGCUCAGAAUGUGCUGUUCAUUUAAUUAAACUAAUUUCCAAAUAGAUAAAACAAUCUCAGAUACUACUACAGCUUAUUGGACUAUUAAAUUAAUGUCUGGUAUAGAAGACAUCAUUACACUUUUCUUUUUAAGGGGAAGGGGGGAAUGUGAAAAAAACAGAAGAAAGUACAUGAUUUUGUGCCUUUAUUGUAAGUUACAUUUGUGAAUUUUUGACUCAGUAGGUUGGGGAAGGGAGUUGCUCAGCAAAAUUACUACUGUUGUGUGGACUUUUUUACAACAGAAAUGCCAGGAGCAAUUGUUUAGCUAGAAGCAUGUUUCCCAUCUUAAAAAGCUACUGAGAAAAAACACAGAAGCCUCCAUAUUAAGUCUUGUUUGGUAUAAUUUGUUACUGUUAAGUAUGAAGUGUUCUCCAAAUAUGAUUAAGCACGUAGGUACCGCGUGCUUAUUAAAAACAGAUGGGUGCAAUACCUUUGAACUUCUGUUAAAAAGAAAUCCUGCCAUCACAGCAUACUCUGAGUGGAAUAUACAGUUUUGAUCAGAGAAGUGAACGUGGUGUCUGUGUGAAACCUGUUUUCAUGAAACUGAAAGAUAAUGAGGAAUAUUAGCUUCUUGUUCAUAUGCUAUUCAACACACUAUCCCAGCAUAAGAGUGUUGAACAUUUCUCUCCUAACAACUCCACCAGCCCUUGUUAACUCACAUCUUUUGUAUGCAUAAAGUGUAGUAAAUUGCUGUUUCAAGGAAGAUGUGAGUCUUUUCAAGUAAGGCAAAAUGCAACACUACUCCACAAUCACUUUAUCUAUGGAGAACAGCUGUUUGGAGUGACCUCUUAGCUGCCCAAAAUCCAGUUUCAAUUGGCAAGGACUAACAAAUGUUGCUUCCAGAAAAAUGCUGGGGGUAGUUGCUAAGGAGAGUGUUGUGCACCAAGCAUGAUAAUACAGCUUACUCUUAAAUCUUCUGUAGUCAUACUGCUGGCUCAAUGAUCCUGGUCCAUAUCUAGGUCGCUAUCUAAGAGUACAGAUGUAUUACAAUCAACUAAUCUAUGUCACUUUUCUUGCACAAGGAAAGAAGGCUACUGCAUUUCUAGAGUUAGAGGCUGAACACCUUCUGGUAGCACUGAUAAAGGACUGAAGAAACAGCUUUCAGUAUUCAGCCAUAAAAGCAUUAGCAUUUGUCAGGCCUAGGCUCAGCAGAUAUAAAGUUCAUUCACUAAAAAUAUCUCAUUUCAUCUAGUAAUGAAGUUAUUUAGAAGUAACCUCAUUUUAAUGUACGCUAUCUUAAUCUGCCUUUGUAGGUGGUUCAACAUCAUAUGGUGAUCUAGUUUACUAAAGCCAAGGGCUAGAGAAUCCCCACAGGGAUAAAGUAUGUGCCAAUCUGUUAUGCAUGAAAGACAAAAGGUGUUGCAAAUGUUGUCCUUGUGCAAAUGUAGCUACAAGUCUAUGACAUAGUAGUAGCAGUUGGUGUACUUUUCACAUUUCCUUACUGAAGUCUGUAAGAAGAAUUUAAUACUUCACAAUCACCUGCCAGUGGUUACAGGAUCAUGAAUGAGAACGGGACCCUGCCUCCCUCACAAAGUUACUGUGGAGGCUUGGAGAAAAAAAAAAUCAAAACUUUCAUCCUUGGAGAAGCAGACUUUCUGGAGGACAGCAGACCAAGAAUAUUCAUGUUGCUACCAUCCGUUGAUAAAUACCUUUUAUCCGUUAGCACCCUCCACUUGGCAUCCUUAACAUACACUAAUGAAACAAAACCAAAAAGCAAAACCACAGCUCAGAAUAUUGAUGUAAAAAUAGACAAAACAGAACUUUCCUAGUCUGGGAAUGUGUCCAAAUCAGAUCUGGCUUUGGACUUGUAGUACUGUGUAGAUUGUAGGACAGUGUAGAUUGACGCUAAGCUCUAACAAUGGGUGUUAGAAUAUUUUUUUAUAUUUUUGUAAUUACAGCUUUUUCAUGGGGUAGUAUUUGUAAUCUAAUAAGUCAACAGAUUUUAUAUUUACCUUGCAUUUGCACCUGAUACUUCUGAAAAAAAAAAUAAAGGUUUACAAUUUCUAAUGAUAA